ACACACACAAAAAAAAUAAAAAAAUAAAAACCAUAACAUCACAACCCAAACCAUGUCCUCUCUCUCUCUUUCUUCUUCCCCUUUUCUUUCUUCUUCUUCUUCUUCUUCUUCUUCUUCCCAAUAUGUUUCAUUCCCUCCACCUGGUGGGUGUUCAUUAUUCAAGGUUAAAGACAAAUCAAGCAGAAGAUUCAAUAUCAUCAAAUCAAUGCCAUUUCUAAAGCCUCCCACUCAAGAGUACAGCGAUGUGCUUCAAAGUGGUGUGCCAGUUAUAAAGUGGCAUCAAUUUGUGGAGGAUGACAUACAAUCAGAAACUACUCCUCAAGUGUUGAUUUCAAAAGAGAUAGAAGAAAGAGUGAAGUGGAUAAAGUCAAUGCUGAGUUCAAUGGACGAUGGUGACAUAAGCAUCUCAGCUUAUGACACAGCUUGGGUAGCUCUAAUACCAACCAGCAAACAAAAUGCUCCUCAGUUCCCAUCUUCGCUUGAAUGGAUUGCCAACAAUCAGCUCCCAGAUGGGUCUUGGGGUGACGGCCAAAUUUUCUCAGCUCAUGAUCGUAUUCUCAACACAUUGGCUUGUGUUGUAGCUUUGAAGUAUUGGAAUCUCCAUCCCCAAAAGUCUCUCAAAGGAAUGGAUUUCCUUAACCAAAACAUCUCCAAACUUCAACAUGAAAAUGCCGAGCACAUGCCUAUUGGCUUUGAGAUUGCUUUCCCUUCAUUGCUUCAAUUUGCUCAAAAACUUAACCUCCAAAUACCCACUCACUCCCCCAUCUUGCAAGAGAUCAACCAUCGAAGGAACAUCAAAUUGACCAGGAUACCAAAAGAAAUAAUGCAUAAAGUGCGAACAACACUAUUACACAGCUUAGAAGGAAUGGAAGGUAUGGAGGGUUUGGAUUGGGAAAAGCUUCUCAAAUUGCAAUGUCAAGAUGGCUCUUUCUUGAGUUCUCCUGCCUCCACUGCCUUUGCACUCAUGCAAACCGACCACCCUAAUUGCUUCAAAUAUUUGCAAUCCAUUGUCAACCACUUUAAUGGUGGAGUUCCAAAUGUGUACCCUGUGGACUUGUUCGAACAUAUUUGGGCUGUGGACAGACUGCAACGACUUGGAAUUUCUAGAUACUUUCACCCACAAAUUGUUGAGUGUGUUAAUUAUGUGCGGAGACAUUGGAGUGAUAAAGGAAUAUGUUGGGCAAGAAAUACGCAAUUUCACGAUAUAGACGACACAGCCAUGGGAUUCAGACUCCUCAGAUUGUACGGCCACGAUGUUUCUGCGGAUGUGUUUAAGCAUUUCGAGAAAGAUGGAGAGUUCGUGUGCAUCGCGGGGCAGUCAACGCAGGCGGUGACCGGAAUGUUCAACCUGUACCGGGCUUCCGAUCAGGUAAUGUUCCCCGGAGAGAAAAUUCUUGAGGACGCAAAACAAUUUUCCUCCAAAUUCCUCAGACAGAAACAGGCCGCUAAUGAGCUUUUGGACAAGUGGAUCAUCACUAAGGACUUACCCGGCGAGGUUGGUUACGCUCUCGAAGUUCCAUGGUUUGCGAGCUUGCCUCGGGUCGAGACUCGUCUUUACAUAGAACAGUAUGGUGGCAAAAAUGAUGUUUGGAUUGGCAAAACUCUAUACAGGAUGUUUAAGGUAAACAAUGACACAUACUUGGAGCUUGCAAAAUUGGACUACAACAACUGCCAACUAUUGCAUCAGAUUGAGUGGGUUGAUAUUCAAAAAUGGUACACAGAGAACAAGCUUCGAGAUUAUGGAAUGAGAAGAACGAGCCUUUUGUUCUCAUAUUUUGGUGCAGUGUGUAGCAUUUUCGAGCCAGAACGGGCUAAUGAGAGGCUUGCAUGGACCAAAACGGCUGCAUUGGUCGACACCAUCGAGGCCCAUUUCAAGGACGCCGAUGCCGACCAACGACGAGCCUUUGUCCAACAAUUUACAACCUUGGAUGCCUCUCAAUCUUACGAUAACAAUGCAUGGAGAUCAAGCAAUGUGCAGCAAAAGGGAGGACAAGGACUAGUUGGGAUUUUGCUUCGAACCCUAACCAAUAUCUCUUUGGAUAUACUGGUGUCACACGGUCUCGACAUCACGCACCAUUUGCAUCAAGCUUGGAAAAAAUGGCUGUUUAAGUGGCAAGAGGAUGGAGAUGUGCACAAGGAAGAGGCAGAGUUAUUGGUCCAAACAAUAAUUCUCAACUCGGGCUGUUCAACUUUGGAGGAUCUGUUGUCCAAUCCUCAAUAUCAGAAACUUUCCUACCUUACAAACAAAGUGUGCCAUCAACUUGGUCACUUUAAAAAGCACAAGGUAACCAACGGUGGUAUCUAUAAGGAGAAAACAGACAACAAAAUGCCCCCAGAGAUAGAAGAAGACAUGAGGAAACUUGUGCAGCUGGUGAUCCAAAACUCCUUAGAUGGCAAUGACAUUGACUCGCAAAUCAAGCACAUAUUUCUAACGGUAGCAAAAAGUUUGUACUAUGCAGCCUAUUUCGAUCCUUGGACUAUCAACUACCACAUUGCCAAGGUCCUAUUUGAAAGAGUCUUCUAAUCCUAGCUAGCCUAGCCACACAGCACAGCCACAGCCAUGUUGUAUUGUCAAUUUUUGUAUAUCCUUUCACCUCAUGGAACACAAAAACUUUGGUCAAUGUUUCGUCUGUCAAUAAAAGAAAACAUCAUCUUUAAAAUCCAAAUCAUUGCUGCUUUGACAGCGAUUUAAUGUGAGACAACUCGAUCAAUCGAUAUCGAUUUGAAUUGCUUCUAAACAAUUGGUCUAGUAGUUAAUGGGAUAAGGUAGAUUGUAGGUUGCAGUAAUAUAAGAUAGUGGAGAUGUAUUUUGCAAACCACAUAGAAAUGUUUGGAAGGGAAGUUGUUUCGAAUUUUUCUGUUGUAAUAGUUUUUCCUGUUUACAGGCUGCCUUAUGAAACAAUGGCAGACAAUGUGUCACAUACAAACACGUGAAGUGUUUGGGAUAAGUGGAAUUUCUCAAAACCUAUAAAUACAUAUAAACAUUUACAUAUAUUCCCUAAGAUUAGGCUUCCGGAUGUGGAAAAGAGCAUCAACAAAUACUUGGUAUUCCCUCCUAUUAAGUACAAUGGAAUUGGUACCUCGCAAUACACAGUUAGGUUGACUAGGUUUGUGGUUGAGCUUCGAUGUGCGUUUUCUGAUUUGGAGUU